AUGGUCGAGGGUCCGGGAUGCACCUUGAACGGAGAAAAGAUUCGCACACGGGUACAAAAGGGACAAAAAGUUUCAGAUAUCCGCGAAACUGCUGUGUCCACAUCUAAAAAUGACUCUAGCACUGGCUCCUUCCAGUGUUUCAUCGGAUGUGAAUAUACGGGCGUGGAGACCUUGGGAAAGGAACUGUUCAUAUAUUUUGGCUCAAGGGCUUUAAGGGUGCACUUUGGCAUGAAUGGCUCCAUGCGGAUAAACCCGACUGAGAGAAAGGACCGAAGGGGAGGACCGCCAGUGAUGGUGGUUCGUCUAACCAAAGAUGUCAUUUGUUUUUUUGACUCCACCAUAGAAAUCAGGCUUUCUGAGGACUGUGAGCAGAAAGUGAAGCUGUUGGGAAGUCUAGAUGUGUGCUCCCCUGAGUUCAGCUUCUCACGAGCAGUGGAGACAGUGAGGAGAGAGACCAGUCGCAUGCUCUGUGAUGUGCUGCUGGACCAGGCUGUCCUUCCCGGUGUUGGAAACAUAAUCAAAAACGAAGCCCUGUUUGAUAGUGGCCUUCACCCUGCUGUCAAGGUAAACCAACUGUCAAAUGAGCAAGUUCACCAUCUCAUAAAGAUGACACGUGAUUUCACUCUUCUUUUUUACAAGUGUCGUAAGAGCGGCUCCCCUCUGUACAAGCAUUACAAGGUUUAUAAGCGUCCAGACUGUGGCCAGUGUAGCGGCCCUAUCACUGUCUGUCGCCUGGGAGACAACGCUAGGAUGACAUACUUCUGCCAGAGGUGUCAAACAGGGGACCCAAGUGAAGUUAACAUCAGUAAACUGCCUACUCGGAACACUCUGGUGGGCUGGGUGUGUCAGGGACGGGUGGGAGACACGGAUCAUGUGGCCAACAGAGAGGAAGAGGAAUGGGCCUGUAACCUUUGCACCUUGAUUAAUCUAUCAAGAAACAAGUCCUGUGAUGCCUGUCUUAGUCCUCGCCCUGAACGCCCCAAAGAGCUGAAAGAAACUGAAGCCUCACUCUUCACCCGUGACCUGAUCCUCUACCCCUGUAACGCCUUCUCCAAGCCGCAAAAGGAGGUGAAGAUGAACAGGAGGACUGUAUUUGGGACAACGACUCUGGUCCUCACAGACCUUAGCAGGGGUUCCUCAAACACGCCCUGUGCGACCGAAAACCAAACAAACCCCCCGAACACAGUGAGGGCUUUUAACCCCAGUCCUGUAAGUGCAAUAAGCAGAAUUCAGAACAAAAGCGCUGAUUUCCAGAAAAGAGACUUUCCAUCCCCCUACACACAGCCCAGCAAAAAGAUGAAAACAGAUUAUGCCUCUCUCAGCUCUGGCCCUGUUUCUCAUCCCACGACCCCUUCCUGCAUGUCUCAUCGGCAGCCCGCCGUGCUCCGGGUGGUCACAAAGGAUGGUGAAAACAAAGGACGGCAUUUCUAUGCCUGCUCGCUGCCCAGAGAGAAGCAGUGUAACUUCUUUGAGUGGGCAGAUCUGCACUUUCCUCUGUGUAACCAUGGGAAACGCACCCUCAUGAGGACUGUCCUCAAACUGGGCCCCAACAACGGGCGCAACUUCUAUGUGUGCCCGUUUAAGAUGGGUAAGCAGUGUGACUUCUUCCAGUGGGUAGAAAAUGGCCCUGGCAUCCGAAUUCUGCCAGGUUGCUAG